AUGUCUGCCAUCCCCACCUCCACCUCGGUCAUCGAGUCCGCCGUCAUCCAGGCCCCCUUCUCCGACGUCUGGCACCUCAUCAAGCUCCAGGACUUCUCCAAGUUCUACUCUGCCCUCGAGUCCAGCGAAUGGGUCAAGGGAUCCUCCCCCGACACCGACAUCGUCAAGUGGACCUUCAAGGACGGCACCGUCCUUGAGGUCAAGCAGGAGGAACACUCCAGCAUCGACCACUACAUCACCUACAGCGUCAUCUCCUCUCAGCCCGCCCUGAGCUACACCUCCGUUGUCAGCACCGUCCGCGCCUACCCCAUCACCUCCGGCCAAAACGAGGGUCAGACUUUUGUCACCUGGAGUGGAAACUUCUCCAGCGAUGCUGAUGCUGGUGUUAUCGCUGAUGCCAAGUUCAAGCGCCGUGAGGCUCUUGCUGACCUUGCCAAGGCUGUUUCCAAGAAGUAA